AUGCAAGAAGCACUUCUCUCGCAGAAUGCGAUGAACCGGAUGAAAAGCAACGAACAGCAAACCUCACCGGACCAGCAGGAUUUUCGUCACAACUCGUUGGAUGAGAGCCAAACAACGCGACCGUCAGCACCACGAAACGGAAACGGGCCGACUCCUGGACCGACACCAGUAAUUCGCGAAGAACAUGCUUUUUCGCCCAUGGUCCAGAGGAGGGAUUCGCAAGUGUUACAGGUGAAUGGCAAUCAGUACAACACUCAUCUUUCUCCUCCUUUACACACGCGACAAACUUCGUCGCGGCUACAGCCGCCGUCACCCGGUGAGGACCGCAUAGAAGCGCUCAUCAAUGCCGCGCAACACCUCGAGCCUGGAACUGAUACACCAUGGCGAUCGCCAUCGCCUAUGAUAAUGGCGCGCCCUGAUAACACCCAGAUGUCGAAUCGUAAUCCACAUGAGAGUAUGGGUCCGCCGAUUGACCCAGCAAUGGAAGCCCUGACAUUUUCGCCCGCAGCGCACGUAUCAAGCUUGGACCAGUGGGCUUUUGAACUUGUGCAGAGCAACAAUCCAGUUCCUAACCGAACCCCGGCCGAUGCUCUACAAACAUGGCUCUUCCCACUCGAGGCCGAUAUGCAAACUCCUCAUGGAUCGCAUCAUCUCGGUGUGGAUGGUUUCUUCGACCCCGAAACCUUUAGGCCGAUACCGGGAAACGAACCAAGCCCCUCUGGUAGUAGCGUAUCAAUUGCGAGUAGAGUCCCACAGACGCCUAUGAGCGAAAGAGAACGGAGAAAUUCGCGUUGGGGUCUUGAUGAAGAGUGCAGGAGCAGACUGCAGAGUGCCAUGGACAAUAUGCCGCUGCCCAACCAAUCGCGGUCCGAGUCGUACGGGGACACUGCAUCAUCCAGCGGCGAUGCUGCAGCAAGUCCGAGCGUUGAAAGCGUUCAGUUCCCACCUGCCGAGAUAUUGGACAUCGCCUUGGAGAUGUAUCUCUACUAUUUCCACCCUACACUCCCGAUCAUCCAUAUCCCGACUUUCUCGGCAAGAAACGCUCCACGACCACUGCUGCUUUACCACCCACCGCAUCGACAAAUGUGCAUCAUUGCUACCAGUCUACUAGCUCUGAAUCUGGCAUCAAUCACAGGCCGAAAGAGCCGUAUUGCUCAAGCAGAAAAGAUGUAUGGAGAGCUUAUAGGGUUUGCACAAAGUCAGGGCCUCUUCUCCGCGAACGAAGGCGUGAAGAUCGAUCCACUCUUGGAUGAAACGAUUGAUAUCGAUGCGAAAUGGAAAGCCUGGUCGAAAAUCGAAUGCACGAAACGUGUAAUCUUCGGUCUCAUAGAAGCAGAUUGCUGGUGGGCAAGCUAUCUCUCGGCAUGCCCGAUGAUCCGCCCCGAAACAGUUCAGAUGCUGCCUCCAUCCGAUUACGCACUCUACCACGUCAACAGCGCAGCGAAAUGGUUUCGUCUUGUUCAGCGUGGUGCCCGCAUUCAAGCAAACCGGAUAACGCCCUCAUUCCACCCUACUCCUGGGCUGAAGCUCGAUGCGAGUAGUUUUCGGUCGCUUCUGACGCUACUAUUGCUACGUAUUUACGAGAGUAACGACAGGCUGGCUCCCGCGACGAGCAACCAAAAGCAGCUCGAACCCUGGCGUAUUUAUAUGGAAGAUCCUCGCAGCCGGGACAUCCUGCCAUUACUAGUUAACCUGUCCAGCUCAUCUGUCGACGCACUCCGUACUGCCGACCUGAACUCCGCCGUUUUGUGGCACGCAUCAUGCAUGGUUCUUGGGGCGAACAUCCGCUAUUUCGAGCUCGCAGCCGGACGCUCUGGUCCUGAACCAGCCGUCAACGCACUGGAAGAUAUAUCUGCCUGGUCGCAAACACCCUCGGCACGACGCUCAGUGUUGCAUGCAGCGCACAUAUACAAGCUCCUCUUUGAUCGCAAAGUGAGCGACAUUGUCAAUCCUCAUAGCGUGGUCUCGCUAUUCCGCGCAGCGUUGGUACUCGGUCUAUACAUCUUCACGGUUCCACCAAUACAGAAUGGUUCCAUGAAUGACAACUGCCUUGAGCUCCUGGAUCUUGUUGAUUGGAUGUCAAUCGGCCGGCUUGGAUUCAUUGAUACCCCGCAAUCACCAGUACCCUUUGGCGAUGCAUCUCUGGUUGUCAAAUUCAUUAGGCACGGUGGACCCUUCUCGAUCACUGGUGUUACGCUUGAUGGUGGAUAUCUUGCAGCACGUCGCACAUUGUUACAUUGUGCGGAUCUGAUGGAAGGUAUGGGUCGAUGGAAGAGUAGGACGUUCAGUCAGAUAUUGCAUAUCAUGAGCGAUGAUCUCACAGACUAUGACGGGCAUGAUGAUGGUGACGAAGAGCGAGAUGGUGACGGCGAUAUGGACGAUGGGGGUCUGCAGCGGUGACGGUUGCAAUCCUCUUCUCAACAGUGCCUUUCACUCACUCAAUUGAAAGGCCUGUGGGGAAGAGGAUGAUGCUUUCGCGCCUACUAUACCCUCAUCGGUAAGUCAAGGGUUGAGCAAAGAGCAUAAGAGGGCGUUUUUGCAAAUCAAGCGAGGGUUGACUGCAUUUUCUGGAGCAUUAUUACUACGACAUGCCGUCUGAGCUCGACACGGCCAUAUAUCAACAAAAGCGUCACGAUUACCUACAAAUGUAUAAUUACAGCUCAGUCAGCAAACACCCAA